AUGGCUUCGAUUAGACAACUUGAAUUAAUUAUACAUGAAGCACAUAGAGUUAAUAAGUCGUUGUUGGACGACCUGUUGACUUUGAAAGAGGAUAAGAAGCUGACCAAUACUCAGUUGAAUGUGGCGUUGGGUGCCAAAGAAAAGUUGGAAUCAAAGUAUGAGAAAGUCAAGAAAGAGCUGGACGAGAGCAAGAAGAAACUCGAAGAUUUCCAGGCGAAUCUGACAGAGUUUGAGAAUGAGAAUACCAAGCUCAAUGUAGAGUACAAGGCGAGUCUCGAGAGUAUAGAACAAAAGACUGGUGAGCUUGCCAAGUUGGAACAGCAGAUGAGUGUUCUGACAUCGGAGAAUAGCGAAUUGCUAGCACAGAAACAAAAGUUAGAGUCACGAGCAGAGGGCAAUAUCAUCGACAAGGAGAAGCAGAUAGAGAAUCUCGGUAAGGAGCUGAAGCUGUUGAAUGAGAAACUACUGGUUAUCGAUGUGGAACGUGGUAAAUCCGACAAGCUGAAACAAGAUGAACAGAAGAAGCGAGUGGAAGCAGAGACCUACAGUAAAGGACUGGAGAAGAGAAUCGAGGAGUUGGAAGAGCGACUCGCUGCAACCGAGGUGGAGGUUGGCGAGAAGAACAAGCUGCGUGAGAAGAUCAAGGAGCGGAGCGAGUUGGUAGCGUCGCUCGAGGAGGAGCUAAAGAAGCUGCGUGUUGACCUCGAGAAGGAGCGAGCUGAGAGUGCCACUAUGCAGCUGGAAUUCGAAAAGAUGCUGGAGAAUGAACAGACCAACAGAACGGAGAUCAUCGAUGGUACAGAAAGACAAGUGAUGCUAUUGGAGAAUGAUCUCAAAGCUGAGAAGAACCGGUCGGCAGAACUAGAGAAACUGAGAGAUAGAAACAUCGAAGAGAGUCAACAGAUGAAAGAGAUAUUCAAUAAGUUACAAUUUGAUUAUUUAGAAUUGGAAAAGAAGUAUUCAGAUCUACAACAACAGCAGAAAGAGCAACAACAACAGCAACAAGUUGUAACAACAACAACAAUAGAUGAAGAAACAAUGAAAUACGACGAGUUGUUAAUUUGUGAAAAGGAAAGAUAUAGAAAGUUAGAGAUGGAGUAUGAUCAACUUAAAAAGAGAAUUGAUAGUAGUAUUAGCAGUAGUAAUGGUAACGAAGAUAUAGAUCAACAACUGGAUAGAAACAGUUCUGAUUCUUCAACAGAGGAUUGUAGUAAUGAUGAAUCAAUAUUACCAGAUAGAGAUGAUAAUGAAAAUGAUGAACAUGAACAAGAUCAAGAGGUUAUUGUUGUCGAUGUUAGUGAUAGUGAUAAAUCAAUGACAACAACAACAUCAUCAUCAUCAUCGUUAUUAGAAGAUGAAAGAAAACAACUAAGACAAUGGGAAGAGAGAAUCGAACAACGUUAUCAACAAACAAAACAAAUAUUAAAUCAAAUUAAAGAGAUAAAAGAAAAGACACCAACACCAACAGUUAAUGAAAAUAAUAGUAAUAAUAAUAAUAGUAACAGUAAUAAUAAUGAUACAGCAAUAUUUAAAAAACAUUUAGAAUCAAUGAUCUUAGAUCUAAAGAAACAAUUAGAGUCAGAGAAGAAAUCAAAGUCUAAACUUGAGGAUCAAGUUCAACAACUUCAACAACAACUACAACAUCAACAACACCAAUCAUCGUCAUCAUCAUCGUCAGCAACUUCAUUUUUAUCAUCACCUGUCAAAUUAACUUCACUUUUCACAAAGAGAAAUCACUCUGUCAAUGAUUUCUCAUCUACUCAUAGUGCCAAUGCACCAUCAUCAUUAUCAGCCAACAACAACAAUAACAAUAACAAUAACCACAAUCAAGAAACAUCUACAUCGGCAUCAACUUCAACUUCAUCCACAACCAACAGUAGCGAGUCGAGUAGUCCGUCCAACCAGGUGUUGGUAUCACCACCAAACGAAUCGGCGGAAUCCGAUCAAGAUAGAAAAUCAAGACUCUUUAAAGCUUAUCAAGAUCUCCUGGUAGAAUGUAAUACUAUUUUAUAUUCAAAGAAAGAUCAAUUAGCAGAAAUAGAGGAAAGUGGUAAAGCAUAUUUUAAAUUAAUUCAAGUUCACCAAUUGAAAGCAUCUAUUGGAAAGCUUGAACCAAUGCACGAGAAACUAAAGAAACAAUUGAUCUAUGUUGACUCCAAAGAUGGUAUUACAAGUAACGAAGAACUUGAUGAAAAGAAUCUUAUAAAAACAUUCCAAUCUCAGGUUGACCAAGAAAGUCCAUCUAAAUAA